UAGCAGCACGGUGACAGCAGGAAGGUCUCCAUGUUUCAUUUUCUGUUUAAUUUUCAUCGUCAGGAGGGCUGUGAUAAGUAGGUGUUGCUUAUGAAAAACGUAUCCGCUGCAAGGUGUUGAAGAACAAACAGUUUGUUAUGUUUGCGUUACAGCACCGGUAAAUAAAGCUAAUUGCUAACAGCUAGCAUAGCUAUUUAGUGAUUUCGCCGGUACAGGCGGUCCUCUUUGUCUGACAGGGGAAGGCGUGCUCUUUUGUUAGGCUUUCCCUUUGUCCCUUCGGGAAAGAGGAACUGUUGGGUCAGGAUUUCACAAUUAUCUACAGUUCCGCAAGUAUUUAGAAAAUGCAGAUCGCUAAAAAAUACUUUACAGAAAGCCUCAUUCAGUUAACUAUCUUACUCAGUUUGAUUGGAGUUCGUGUGGAUAUCGACAGCUACUUGAGCGGCUAUUAUACGCCUUUGACAGAGAUAAACUUGGGUCCUAGCUCAGCCUACAUCCAGACACCAUUUCAUAUUUUGAGAGACACUCUUGACGGAUAUGGUGUACACCCAAAAUGUCCCGAGUUGGACUAUUUUUUUGCAAGUCGCCGGCUGCUAGACGAGGUGAGGACCCUUGGUUCGCCGCGGUUCCACACGCAGUUGAACGCAUGGCUGGUGCAUCAGGUACCUGCAACUGACAAGCCUGAAUGCGGGCCUUCAACCAGCAACAGCACUGACUCCAGCUCGGGGUUAGAAAGCCCUGGGGAUGAAUCCAGGGAUGUCAGUGAACACCUGCCUGUCCGUGGCCCAGCAGUGUGCCAGGCAAACACUGAACUCGGGCCAGGGCCUUGUGGCGCUGGAGCCUGCGGGUUUCUUAAAGAGGAGGAAGAUGUUAAAGUUAAAGAGGAGGAGGAACCUGCUCCAAUCUCUCAGCUGGCUCUCAGUUCCACACUGGAACGAGAGAGUCUGCUGGAAGGCAUUACUGCAUUGUCCAGUCCAGCACACCAACACCCUCCUACCAUUGAUAUUGACCAGCAUUGGAAUAAUUUGCUCUCUGUUGCAGACCUUGAUGACUUGGACCCCCUUGUUACUGAGCAGCUGUCAGAUCUUGACGCUGACAUCACCAGCGCCAUCAGCCGGGACGUCAGUCUGCAUGAUGCUAUGCUGACCAGUGCUGGAGUGUUUGGGUUGGCGUCUGAUAGAAGUGAGUCCAGGACCUUGACCCAACAACAAAGGGCCCUCUUUCGAAUGGAAUCCACAGGCUCUUUAAACUCAGAUGCUUCACCGGGAAUGGCUCUGGGCCUUGCUGCACUCCCCUUUGCUUCAGUAUGCAAUUUAACUGGAAAUGUGUCAUCACAUAGUGCACUGGGUGACUGCCUGGAUGAGGCAGUGUUUGACCAGAUCAAUCAGCUUGGUUUGGAAGGUCUGGACACAAUUGGCAGCCAACUGAUGGACUGUCUGGACAGCAUAGACCCACAGGUCCUUGAGGACAUGGAGUCAGACUCUGGUCUCUCUUUGGAGAGCAGCUCUGGAGGUCCAGUGUCUCCAGGCUCAUCUGAGAUGUCUUCAUCAUCAAGUUCAUACUGUGAGGAUGAGUGUGGAGCUACAGGCUACAGCAGUGAAGUAGACUCAGUCCCCUCAAAAGGCAUCAUGGACUACACCACAACAUGGUCACCUACUGAGAGUGUGUGGCAUGACCACAGCUACUCAUCUGCCACUUUCUUCAACCAGCCAUCAGUAACACUGCCCUGCAAAAACAUCAAAGAGGAGCCCCUCAGCGAUGACGAUGGGCUCCGGUUGGAAGAACAGGAAAUGAGUCGUGAUGAGUUGCGUGCCCGUGCUAUGUGCCUGCCAUUCUCUGUCCUGCAGAUUGUAAACAUGCCUGUGGAAGAGUUCCUGGAAGUUCUUGAUGGUCACGGCUUUUCUCCAGAACAGGUGACCCUCCUGAGGGACAUCCGCAGACGUGGUAAGAAUAAGUUGGCAGCCCAGAACUGCCGCAAGCGCAAAUUAGAUGCUAUCACAGGGCUCCAAGAGGAGGUGGAAAGGCUGCAAGUUCAGAGAGACAAACUACUGAGGGAGAAACAGCUUACAGCCAAGACAAUGGGUGCUGUGGGCCACCAGAUAAGGCAGCUGACCAGAGACAUCCUGGCUCGGCUGAGGGAUGAAUCAGGACAACCCCUGAACCCAGACAGAUUCACCCUGCAGUGCGGGGCUAAUGGGAGGGUUGUAGUUCAGCCUGUAAGACGACCUGCUGUCUCCACAUCUGGCAACAAAACAGACAAGAGAAAGAAGGAAAAAAAGCAAUGAUGCAGCAUUUCCCACUGAGACUUGAGCUUUUAGGUUUUUGGAUAUUACGAAACUUAAUUGCCUGACUCUGGUUUUGGGAUCUCCUCUUUUGUAAAAGUGUUUCUUGAUUCACGUGGGAGCCUAAAAUCUCAAAAAGAAAAGACACUCAGAAAAUAAGUAAAUAAAAAAAAAAAAAAAAAUGUAAAUACAUUAUGGGAAAAAUGUAGAUCACACACUGGACAUUCUCUUCUUGUUAAAAGUGGACAUGGCUGAUGGGGUAGUUUAAGGGAACAGCUAAGCUGCUGGUAAUGCUAGCAGUCCUUGUGCCUGUUAGCAUUAAAGUCAAUAGUCUAUCAUUUUAACAGACAACUGUAGGCAACCACUCAUGUCUAAAAGCCAACAUGUCAGUAUUGUGACAUUUACAGACUGGAUAGAGCUGUAAGAGGAGGAUUCUGUUUGUUCACCUGCAAUCUUGUCUCUGGUGUUUCCCUACUUGGUAUAAGAACAAGGUUAAAGGUUGUAUUUAUUAAAGUUUCUUAGGUCCCUGAAAUGCUUAUAGGCAUCAUAGAACUGUUAAGGACGGUAAGUUUUUUUUUUUUUGUUCUUUUUUUCUCUUCCCCAAAAUGGUAACCUUUGCUCAAAGCGAUAAGAGUGUUGGAUUAUUACCAGCCCAGAGCUUACUGAUUUGUUUCCAGUAUUGGAGGGCAUGCACUGUUUGAGUAAAACAAUUAAACUGAGGUUAUAAAAAGUAAACAAUUACAUGUUUUGAUGAGGUACAGUAUACCAAUGAUUAAAAAGACUUGGCCUUAAUUUGCAUUUGAAAAGUGUUUUGGUUAUUAUGUAUGUACGUGUUACAUAAGUGCAUAUAAUCACAAUGAAAAUGUCCUUACAUAAGAAUUCAACCAUAAUUUGACUUGACCUCCCCCCCUUCAUUUGAAGUGUUUUAGAGCUUUUUAGCAAGAUUAUUCUACCUCAUGGUUUAGUUUUUCUUAAUUCUGGCCAAAUUUAAACAUGCUUUUUUUUUUUUUUUUUAAAGUGCACUCAGAAACUACAAAUCCAUUAUAAAUGUGACCAUCAUCAGACAAAAGAUUCAGUUUCUGAAAUGGAAAAAUACAAUCACCAACCUUAUUUAAGAGGUCUGAAUGCUGUUUGAAAGUUUUUUUUUUAAAUAUAUAUUUAUAUUAAAGGUUAUCUGAGAGUAGAAUCAACUGAUAUUAAAAGUUGGCAUUUUAUCAUAUAGUCGCCUGAGUGAGAAAACUCAAGGAAGAUGCAUAAAGUAGCUGAAUAAUGAUAAUUUGAAGCACACUUUGACUUAACACCCCCCCUCCUCCCGUUUUUUUUCUUUUUCCAAGUACUUUGGAAUUUUUGGGAAAAAUGAGAUUCUACCUCAGGCACCAGUUUUUAUUUGUGGCUAAAAUUAAAAUUGCCCUAAAGUGCACUUGUUUAAUACAGAUCCUUCGUUAUCAAAGUCACCCCUAUUUAACUAACUGCUAAAAAUGGUAAAUAAAAAAGUACUGACUCAUUUUUUAAGUUUGAAUGUUGUUUGGAUGUUUCCAUUUGAGAUUAUUUGAGAGUUGACGUAUUAAUAGAGGUUGCCAUCCUAUUCUUGGUUAUGCUGCCUAAUAGGGUCAGCUGAGGGAGUGAAAUGGAGAGAAGUCUGUAAAGUAGGUCGUGUGGCUUUAAGUUUUCUUUUUCUUUCUUUGUGUGUUUGUUCUUGUUUGGCAUGAACUUUUCUUUGCCCUUUGUAUAACUUUCAUUUUCGUAAAUAUUUGCUGUUGCUGAAGUUAACUGUGUUUGAUUCUGUUGUGAUUUUUUUUAAGUGUGCUUUUGCUUACAAAAUUUGAGUUGCUCUUGCAGAAAUUUUUUUUUUUUUUUAAAUAAAACAAAAAAUCUAUUCAAA